AUGGAGAAGGAUAUUCACAACGUCACCAUUUUCACUGGGAUAUCAGACUGCGAUUAUGAUGAAUGGGAGCCAUCGGUUGGGCUAAUUCCAGCUGCCUAUCUUCUGAUAUUCUUCUUGGGAAUUACUGGCAAUGGACUAGUGCUAUGGGCAAGCCACCGGCGUAAGGGAAAACCCAGAACAGCUGACUCUUUCAUCCUACAGUUGGCACUGGCUGACCUUGCUUUUGUGGUAACGCUACCACUAUGGGCUGUCUACGCUUCUCUGGGAUACGACUGGCCAUUUGGCAAAUUUGUAUGCAAACUCAGUGGAUAUCUAGUACUGGUCAAUAUGUAUGCCAGUGCCUUUUGUCUGACCGGACUCAGCCUAGACCGAUAUAUUGUCAUUGUGCUGUCACAAAAACCGGGACACCUACGCUCACCAUUCUCCAGCCCACUGGCUAAUCUGGCUACUUGGACAAGUGCGGGUCUUUUUGCCCUUCCUGCCCUUAUCUUCAGAAAUACAGGACAACCAGAUGAGCCAUGGGACAACAGAACAGUCUGUUAUAUGGACUACGUAACUAUAGACAGUAGUGGUCAAACCCAUCUGUGGGAAGCAAGUCUUGGGUUCUCUUCCACACUUCUUGCCUUUGUGGCUCCAUUUUGCAUCAUUCUGUUCUGUUAUGUUGGAAUUGGGCGCAGAGUAUCUGGACACUUUCGCUUGCCUGUAGUGGCCCAUAAGAAGCGCAGGUUAUUGGCCAUCAUGGUGGGCCUGGUGGUUACUUUUGGAGCAUGUUGGGCUCCAUUUCAUCUGUUAAAAAGCAUCUACGUGCUAAUGAAUGCAGAGGUGCUGCCUCUAAACUGUGCUCUGCAUGUUUUCCUUAAUAACCUACACCCAUAUGUUACGUGUUUAGGGUAUGCCAACAGUUGCAUGAACCCCGUUUUGUAUGCGUUCCUAGAUCCCAGGUUCCGAGGACACUGCAGAAAACUGCUAGGAUGUACUAUCAACUACACAGGACAAGGGAAGCAUAUGGAGGAAAGGGGACUCCCAGAACAUGGAACUAACGGAGCAAAGAUAUCUACUGAAGAAGAGAUGGAAGGGAUUAAGGAAUAAUGAUAAAUAGAUUAACUAAUAACAGACAUAUUUAUGACGCUUAAGAUAUGAUUUUGAAGAAUCAAACAA